GUGUGAGGAAAAAGAAAGUGAACACAAUAUAAAUGAGAAACUCCAGGCUGAACUCAAGGGAGGUGCCCACCAGCCUAGAACUAAUCCUGCAAAAAGAACUUCAAUUCCUGGUGAGGUGAGCCUGACUGUCACCAAAUAAUGGAGAAUCUGCCUUGCUGCCAGGGCUGCUGGGGCUGCCAGCUGUGACUGACCAGGGAGAGUUCGGCUGGGUAUGUUGGGGAGUCCAGAAUAGAGUCCGGUCUACAGUGGCUUGUGGGCUCAGAGUGAGGUCAUUGCAUUCUGCUAAGAACCAGUGCCUUGGGGACCACUUGGGGACUGGGACCCUCUUCAGACCCUAGUCCACAACUCAGUCCUGCCCUGACUCUGGAGACACCAGAUGGAGACAAAGGAAAUGUCCCAAAGCUCCUGCUGACCUUUGACCUCUGAUCUCAAACCACCAACUCUCAGCGAUGAAGAAUAUGGCGAGUGUCCCCAAAUCCUUCACAUCUGGAUACCUCCUCCUCCUCCUCCUCCUCCUCCUCUUGCUCCAGCUACUCACACUGGCCUCAGCUCAAAUUUCUGUGUUUGGACCUGACGAACCCAUCCUGGCCCUGGAGGGGAAUGACGCUGAGUUACCCUGUCACCUGGACCCCAAGAUGAGUGCUGAGCACAUGCUGGUGAGAUUGUUCCGAUCUCAGGUUUCUGAUGUCGUCCACCUGUUUGAGCAUGGAGAAGAUCAGUUUGGAGAGCAGAUGGAGGAGUAUCGAGGGAGGACAGAGUUGGUGAGAGAUGCCAUGGAUUAUGGGAGUGUGGCUGUGAGAAUACGCAGUGUCACAGUCUCUGAUGCGGGAAAGUAUGGCUGCUCUUUCUAUGAUGGUCAAGAGUAUGAUGAAGCCUGGCUGGAGCUGCAGGUGGUCGCUCCCCUCUUCCCGACAGCUUUGUCCUUGAUGGUGGCUCUGUGUGUGACCCUCCCUGUGCUGGGACUGCUCAUCGCUGGGGGUCUUUAUCUCAUCUGGAAACACUCCAGGGACAAAGGGAAACUCCAGAUUGAGCUCAGGUGGAGCAGGGGCCAGUUACACAUGGACAACGUCACUCUCGACCCACACACGGCUUAUCGCUUUCUCGUCCUGUCCGAGGAUCGGAAAACUGUGACAGCUGGAGACACAGAGCAGGACCUGCCCGACAACCCGGACAGAUUCACAGGUUCCGUCUGUGUGCUGGGCCGCCAGCGCUUCACCUCCGGGAGACAUUGCUGGGAGGUGGAGGUGGGAAAUGCGGAUGGUUGGUACCUGGGGGUUUGUAGGGAAAAUGUGAGGAGAAAAGGGGCGAUCUCGGAGGCCCCCGCGAAUGGGUUCUGGGCUCUGAAGAAAGAUGGAGAUGGAUACUGGGCGUUCACCUUUCCUCGCGUCCCUCUCCCCCUGAGCACAGCCCUCAGCCGGGUGGUGGUUUACCUGGACUACGAGGCUGGAGACGUCUCCUUCUACAGUGGCACUGACGGAUCCCACAUCUACACUUUCCCCCGCGCCGCCUUCUCGGGGACCCUCCGACCUUUCUUCCGCCUUUAUCGCAUCGAUGACUCCCUGACCAUCUGCCCUGUGCCCGGUGGGGCUGGGGAAAACCCUGUUCCUGACCCCGCUCAGUAGAUUCCUGUGAGCCCCCCAGGAGUGGGACCAGCUUCAGUCCCUGGGGAUGGGGAUCCCCUCCCCUGGGCCGAUGCCCCAUUGCUCCCCACCCAGCCUAGCCCCUUGGUCCCUCCUGCCUCUUAAGGAGCCGCCCGGCUCCUGCCCUCUGUCCCCUGCAGCUCUCUGUCCCCUCCCCUGGCUGCAGCUGCCUGUGUCCCCGCCUCCUCUGCUGCUCCCCUGGGGCAGGCCCAGCCUAGGAGGGCUCUCUGCUACUGCUGCUGCUGCCAGGGAGGGUCCCCGCUGGAGGCAGGGCUGGGGGAGGGCAGCAAAGCAGCUACUGCAGUUCUGGUCCAUCAGUGGGGUUUCACGACUGCCACUGACCUUCCUGCCCCUGACUCCUCCACUGGACCCCGAACUCAGAGGGUAGAGGAGCAGCUCACCUCCACUGCUGCACUGCUCAUAGACUCCAGGUUGUCCUGGUUCAUGGCACCUCUUUUGAGUAUUCGUGUGGCACUGGGUUCUAUUCAAUCAAUCAAUCAAUCAAUCAAUCGUAUUUAUUGAGCACUAACUGUGUGCAGAGCACUGUACUAAGCACUUGGCUCAGUGCGGAGCUGGCUAAUGUGGUGACAGGCCUCACUCUCAAUUCACCAGAAUAAUUACAACUAUGGUAUUUGUUAAGCUCUUACUAUGUGCAAGACACUGUACUAAGCCAUAGUG